AUGCUACAUGGAGCCACGAGCGCCGUUCCUGCCGUCUGGAAGCGGAGUUGGUUCACUUUCCUCAGCCCGUGUCUCAACUUUUCGCGGCAGCAGCCGCCAUGGAUCCGCUGUGGACGGACACCGGCGCUCCGUCGCUUUGGGAUUGUACCGCGCCACCUGAGCAUCGCGCCAAAACGGCGGGCAGUCUCUCUGUGUGUCUCUCUUGAAGGUAUUCCUCCACCUCCAGUGCUGGUGAAAGCAGAGGUGACACCAGCACUUAAAGACGCCCUCAUAAAGAAAGCGGUCCCCAACCAGUUUCCGCUGCUGGAGAGGGUGAAGGGGAAGUCGUCAGAACAGCUGAAGGCACUGGAGGAGAGUUUUCAGAGAAGUGGCACUCUGACAGAGGCGGGGCUAGACCAGCUGGCCCAGGAGACCAGGCUGUCUAAGACUGAGGUGGACUGCUGGUUUUCUGAGCGCCGGGCGCUGAGGGACAACAUGGAGAAGGCUUUACUCGCCAUGUCUUCAAAGAACACAGAGGACCGAGCAGACUGGCCCGGAGCGCUGCUGAACGGGACUUCACAUCGAGAGCAGGGCGGGAAACCUUUGCGCUCCUCUCCUCAUCCACCUGUCCUUUCCUCUUCCUCCUCAUCAUCCUCCUCCCCUCCUGUGCUCGCAGCCUCCUCCCCUCACCCGCCGACCCUCUCCUCCUCUGCAUCCCCUCACCCGCCGACCCUCUCCUCCUCUGCAUCCCCUCCCAUCCUCACUUCAUCCUCCUCCUCUUCUCCCCAUCCUCCCAUCCUGUCGGCCUCCACCAGCCCGGCUCCCAUCGCCAGCAGCUCCCUCGGCCUGCUCAGAGAGAUGUUCUGUCAGACCCGGUGGCCGUCUCCUGAGGAGUACAGCCAGCUGGAGGUCCAAACAAGCAUCGGACGCACCGACAUUGUCCGCUGGUUCAAGGACCACCGCUCGGCACUGAAGAAAGGGGAAACUCUGGACUGGAUGGAAAGUUUCCAAAAACAAAACCUUGUAGAGCAGCAGAGAGCGGGCCAGGAACAGAACGGCCAGAGUUCUGAGAAAACACAGAGUGUUUCCUUGGAAGUCAAGGCUGUGAAAGUGGAGGCUGGUGAGAACACAGCAGCAGCUCCAGAGCAAUCCAAGCUGUCUGACCAAGACAAAGUCCAGUGGUUGACUGGCAGAUUAACCCACAGUGUGACGGACCUGAGCCGGACCAGACCGGACCAAACCAGCUCCAGCACUGCUGACAAAGGGAGGUGGGUACAGGUGACUGUGGCAGUGGGAGAGGAGGGUGAAGCAGGAGUGGAAAGACAAAGGCUGGCUACAGACGGUGAAGUUCUCUCCUUGGAGCAACCUGGACGGGUCACUGGUUGAUAGUCGAGUAAAUCAUUGACUGCUAAGUCACAGACCGACCAUGCACCGACUCAAGAUGACCGAAUGUGGAACCAGUAAUGUAACUGUCUGUGAUGUCAUCACAAAGCGCCGGGGACUUUGUAGUUCCACUGACUGAACUGUGGUGCAGACGCUGACAUUAAGAGGAGUGCCAAAGCUGGACUUGAUGCAUUGUUCUUACUACUAAUCUUUUUCUUUUUAUUAAACAAGCACCCUUGUAAAUAUUUUUCUGUAUAACAAAAUCAAAGUGUGUACAGUUUUACUGAAAGGGCAUGUUUUGUUACAUUGAAGAACAAGAAAAAAGAAAAAACAAAAAGUCAUGACUGGUGCCCCAAAACCUGGAAUGUUUUUUUUUUUUGUUUUUUUUAAUUGUUUUAAGAUCAAAUUGUAUUCUAGUGUUGUUCGCUGAAAAUUAGUCCUAUUUUUUGAAAACCAUACCUGUGCACUACUCAUGAGUAGUCUUCGAUAUCACUUGUGUAUAUCCCUGUGGUAGUGAUAGAUAUGUACAUGCUGCAACUUUUCCUUUUCUCCUGCAGCGUCACCUUGAUUCACGCUCAUAGAAUUACGCUGACAACGGUGGAAAUCACUCAGAAGUGCUCGAGGGACAGCUAGGAGUGACACGCAACAUGAUAUAGAAAUGAUUGAUCGCGUAGAGAAGAGGGUCCGAUCGCACCAUGCUGCCUUUUCUGCUCUCUUAUUACGUUUGAAGAACUUUAAAUAUUCUCGACUGAACCUGCUAAGAACAUCUUGGAGAAGGUGUUUCACGCAUAAUGAAAUAACUGAAGCUCCCGUGAACACGCCCCUUGGCUUAUCUCUCGUCUUUAGGAAGGUCCUGUUCAAAGCUGGGUUUAGUUGAUUUCUGUACAGCCGCUUUAGAGCACCUGAAAUGGUGGUUCAUCAAUCUCCAGAGAGAGAAAUUAUCAAUCUCAUCACAACAGCCAAAGUUGUCAUGAACUUCUUGCAUGCACUUCAAUUUAUUUUUUAACUCACUUUUAGAAAUGAUUUAAAAGGGAUAUGUGUGAUUCAUGGGUCGAAUUGAAAGCGCUUGCAAUAUUUGUGCAGCAAAAAGAAAAAGCCAUUUAACCCUGGUUUGAACGGCGGCUGUGUGGCUGUUGCUGCUUUAGUUUCAUGUUCAGACUAGUAUCUGGGAUACUGUACAUUUGGUUGGCUAGAAUGGAGAACCGCUUGCAUUUGUUCAUUUUCUACUUUAAGUCUGCUGUAACUCAAUAAAUACACAACCAGCUGUAAUACCGCCUUGGUCUUCCAGUGUAUACUCUGUGCAUCAAAGCUUGGUUUGGACAGGGUGGCUGAUCGCUUGUAUUGAGUACAAAGUUACUUUUGUGCAUUUUGAGUUUAACAGAUAAAAAACAGUGAAAGUAAAGUAUUGAGCCAGUGACACGAAUCACCUCCUCUAGACAUCAGGUCACUUUAACUUUUUACAACUAUAUAUCUGGGUUUGGUUGAACUUGACAGUUUAGACCGUUCAAUUUAUGUCUUGAGGUUUUGUACUGUUGGACCAAACAAAAGCAUUGUCACCAUUUUCUGACAUUUAUAAAACAAGUGAUUCAUGACAAAAAAAUAAUUGGCAGUUAAUUGACAUGGAAAAUAAUAGUUGGUGUCAGCCCUAAUUGUAUAUUGUUCAUACUUGUAUAGUCUGUCAACCAGCCACACUGGCACAUCAUUGGCUGAACUCUCCUGACUCUGGAGAAGAAGAUUGAGACAUGGAUAGUACCAUAAUUACUCAGACUCGCUCAUCCUUUCAAUAAACAAUCGUUAUAUUUACAAAAAGAGCAAAAAUCCCAUCUUCACCUUAUUUCGGUCAAGAUCAGAGCUUAAGACAGAAGAUCAGGUCUGUGCCACAAAGGCUUAAAAACAUUUUACACCCAUGUAAAAUCAGACCUGGAAACGGUGCUCUCUAAAUAGCUUUGCCCAUGUUCAGCUGAGAGCACACUCCCAGUGCGUUGGUAAUUACAAUGUAAUCUGAUAUGGCAUCACGGAGAGAGAGGGAACAGGACAGGAACACCAGUCAGAAUUAACAGCAAGCUAGUGUGCAGCUGCAACAUCUCUGGUCUCGACAGUCCAAUGGAAGGGUGUAGAGAAAAAGGUGGAGCGGGGUGAAAAUAAGGAAGAAGGGGAGGAGAGCGCAAGAAUCAUCACAUUAAAAAAAAAAAAAAAAUAUUUAUUCAUAUUUCCUUCUAUCUGCUUCACAUGGACACACCCGCAGUAGUAGUAAUAGUUAAUUGAGCCUAUGGUCAGAGUCCUGCUGUGCGCUGCUUUCUUGGUUAAAAUGCGUGCUUCCUCAGAUUUCAUCUCCUUUGAGCCUUUAAAACAUAGUUGUGAAUUCAAUGUUAAGUCGAGGGUUGCCCUCAGACAAAAGAAAAGAGAGGAAGCAAGCACUUUAACCUGAAACAACACCAUUUGUUAUUGGGAGCAAAAGAGGGGUGGGGGGGGUAGCUCUCUCUCUCUCUCUCGUCUCCCCGCUUAUUCACCCCCCAGGCGGAAGCCUUCGCCCCAGUUGUGACGUCCUCUUCCUCUUCCCCCUCCCCCUCCUUCUCCCCCACCUCCUCCUCCCUGCUCCUGGGCAGCUGGUCUGCUGGGGGGGACUCCAAAGCCCGACACUCCUCCCCUCCUGUUGGGGAAGAACCGAUACCUGGAGAGAGGAGGAGAGGGGAGGCAUUCAAAUGUGGUCUUUAACACGGAUGUCAUUGGAACAUUUGAAAUCAAGCAAUUUAACACUAUUUUGCAAACAGCUGAUCGAGCAACAAUUCCUAUUUAUUGAAAAGAAAAGUUGUAUUUUUCUUUUAUAAUUAAAAGAAGAAAAAAAAAAAAUUCUGUUUCAUCCUGAGAUCUGACAAAAAUGUCAUGGAAGGUACCCACAGCUUUCAAACAACAAAUAAGUCAUAAAUUAAAAAACACAAACAGUCAUACAAAUAAAUGAUUUAAUGUCUGGGCGAGCUGUUGUCUUGGUUCAUUAGUCGGUCUCCUGGGGCAGUGUGUUUUUCAUAGGUCAUCUGCUGCGAUUGGUCUGACUCGAUGCUCUCGGUAUGAGUCACUGUGCGUGGGGGACUAAACGCAUUUCCUCCACUCGAACCAAGUUCUACUCAAAAAUAUUUAAAAUACUUGUUUGGAAGCGAAACCAAAAAUGAUUGCAAAUCUCUGUUCGUUUCUUUCUUGAAGCACACAGAUGGUUCAAGAUGAACCAAAAAGAAGCUCCGCAAGAUCUAAUGAACAUUUAACACAGUUUGGGUAAUAAAAAUGUUUUUGUGUUUGUCUUCCAAACAAGAGGUUAUGGGAAUACAGACGAGCUCCAGACAUGUUUAAACCCCGUCAACAAACGAUGUUACACAAGUGCUAUUAGAGAAAAAUCAAAGAGUCGGCAAACUGACUCAGUAAGACAUUGAAAUCUAUUUUUUUCGUUUUUGUAGACAUUAGCCAGCAUAAGCUUCUGGUCAUACCAGAACAAGUAAGGCUGUAGUGGCAAAAAUCGAGAGUGUGUUGGAAUAAGUACGGUUGCAUUAUAUUCCUUAUGAAUUCAACUGAAUGCUACUUUUUAUAUAUGGGUUAUUUCUUCAUUCAAAAGUUGCAUAGUCUUGUUUCCUUGAAGCUUUGUAUUGCACAGCCUCAACAAUGAAGUUGUUGGGUAAAUUGUUGUAACAAAAUAAAAAUA